AUGGUCGAGCUCCUCCCGAUCUUCAGAAAGGCCUAUUGGACGCUGGCCGGGGCCGGUCUGCUUUAUGUUGGCUUCAUCUGCUCCAUGACAUACCCCGAUGUACAACGCUUCGUCCUCUAUGCAAAUAAGAUCAAUCCAACAUUAUGGGAGGACGUCAAUCUGGUCGAGUCCUUCGGUUUCUUAAAAACCCAAGUCCAACCCUUCAAUCUGGUCACUCCGGACAAUGAGACCCUCUAUGGCUGGCAUUUGAUCCCUCCUCACUUGUGUCGGGAUCACGAGGAGGAACUGGAGGCGAACGAGCCCUCCGGACCUGCCGAGGAUUAUACGAAAACUACCGCAUACAAACUCCUUGCGAACGAUCCAAAUGCAAGGGUUGUUGUUAGCUUCCAUGGCAAUGCCGCCCAUCUCGCCUCUGCCCAACGACCCGAAAUCUACCGUAUGCUUCUGGGCUUAUCGACGCCUUCUCAUCCCAUCCAUGUGUUUGCCCUUGACUAUCGUGGAUUCGGCGUGUCGACCGGCUCCCCAACCGAAGAAGGACUAAUCACCGACGGUGUAUCCCUGAUCAACUUCCUCACCGCUGGUCCCUUGAAGAUCUCUCCCUCCCGGAUAGUCAUCAUGGGCCAGAGUCUAGGAACGGCCGUGAGCGCCGCCGUCGCGGAACGUUUUGCCUUUGGAUCUCCAGACCCAACCGCCAUUCAACCUGCCCUGAAGAACCCCGAGCCUUUCGCCGGCGUGAUCCUCAUGGCGUCUUUCAGCAACCUGCCUAGUCUGGUCGAAUCGUACAGCUUCAAGGGCUUCACACCGCCGAUGCUCUCGCCACUCAUGGGCUACCCUCGUGUCCAGAACUGGGUCCGACGCCAUAUUCUCGAUCGCUGGGACACGGCAGCCCGCGUUGCACGCCUGACCGGGGUUGGUCCGACGGCGCAAAAUGACUCCUCCGCCGGGUACGCUAGCAAGGAACUGGAUCUAGCUAUCGUGCACGCCCGGAACGAUGUGGAGAUUCCUUGGUACGAAGGUCGUCGCGUCUGGGCCGCCGCAACGGGACAGGAUACCAAGGAUGCCCCCGGAAGGAUUGUCUUCCAAAAGAAGGCGGCCGAGGGUCCAGGCGAAGUGCUAGUUUGGGAGAACAGGUCUCCGGAGGGGUCUGGUGCGGUCAAAAAGGUCCGCUGGGAACGCGUCACCUACGGCGGCCAUAACCGUGUCGCCACUUUCUCUGCGGCCGCGCUAUCUGUGCUCAGAGCAUUUGAAGAGUAG